AGCUUGAACAUCAGGGACAAGACAAGUCAAUCUGACGCUUACUCAUUCAGAUCGGUUUAGAGGUCGAUAACUGAAGCAUUUUAAAGGAUCUUUAUAAGAUUUUCAAGCUACUAUAUGGAUAUGGACUCCAAUAACAACAUCAACAAGGUUAACAAUGAGGACGGACCACUGACAUUAGGAAACCUAUUCCACCAAGACCUGAAGAACGCAAACAUUCUGUCCAACUAUCCGACGUCCUUCGUCAAGGAUUAUCGUUUCCUCAACGACAAGAAAUACCGCAUUUUCGACAUACAGAAAGGACCUAAGAAGAACAACCCCUUCUUGUAUCUCUACCCAGGACGAAUUUGUUCUAUCGCAGGAAACGAGUUUCCUAUUCUGAUGGACAAAGCCCCUGUUGACGAGCUUCAAGCUCAUUGGAAGAGAUGGCUACCAGAAUUCCCCGAACCCGAGUUUAAGACGAUCGACGAAGGAAUCGAGGACGAGGACCCGAUCAUUACGAUCUUUCCAAUGCAGCGGAUCCCCAAAGAAAAGCAUGCGAUUGAGCCCGAGAUGCAUUACCAUAUUCUGCUCAAGAGUGCAAUUCCAGAGACCGGAGCUCCAUGCCCCCGUCACUACACGGAGGAAGACGUUGUCUUCCCCUGCAUGGUGAAGGUUGACCAGAGUCUCAGCGGCUAUGGCAACUUUGUCGCGUACAAUCAAGAAGAACUUGCCGAUUCUUUGGAGAUUGUAAACGAAGCAUAUGGCAAGGCAGCUCCUUACGUCAUUACCGAGUUUAUUCAGGAUGUCCAGGAGACGCUCGGUUGUCAGUUCUAUCUGAACAAGAAAGGAGACAUUCAUUGGUUGGGCACCAAUGUCAACCUGCUCAAGGACUAUGAUUGGGUUGGAAGUGUGGUGGACUGGGACCUUCGUGAUUACCAUAAGGACCGUGUCUACGAACGCUUCAUUAAACCCGUUGCUGAGUAUCUUCAUAAGAAAGGUUAUUUUGGCAUUGCAGGAAUCGACAUCAUUACAAGCUCAAGUGGUGAUUACUUAGUCGACAUGAAUGCCCGUCUGACCGGCUUUACCCCGCAUGCGCUAAUCGCUCCAGUGAUGGCACGUGACGGUUUGACGAAAUCCUUGUUCAAGUCUGCUGACAACCAAGACUGCUCCACAAGUGAACUAAUCAAAAAAGUCAACAAGAUCAAUGAAAAAAGUCAUGGCAAAAUUAUCAUUUUGUACUCCAUGGAUGUAGAUGAAGGUUGUAUYGCUGCAAUUGUUGCUUUUGGGGAAACAGUGGAAUAUGUAGAAGGGCUUUUCGACUGUUUGGCCUUGGAAAAACUUGUCAAGUAAUCGUCGAUUUGUCGAAGUCUAGUUCACAUUCGUAGUUGAGUUUUCAAAACAUGUUUAUAAUUUUCAAUGAAUCCAUGACCGAUGAUGUAAUUCAGAGACUUGUUUUGUUUGUUU